AUGAGUAAAGAUACAAAACGUCUUGUUAGCGAUAUUGAAUUUGAUUCAUCAUCAAUGAAACGAGUUCGUCAUAAUAUAACUUGUUUACUUGAUUUACCAGAUGAAAUUUUCCUUCUAAUAUGUCUUUAUCUAACACCAGCUUGUGUUCUUUAUUCAUUUUAUACACCUGAAAAGGCUAAUUUUCGUCUUCAUCGUAUUAUAUUUGAUUAUUAUACAAACAUAAAAUUUGAAAAAAUAACAAAUGGUGAAUUCAAUUAUUUGUUAAAUUUAUUGUGUAAUGAUAAAAGACCUCUUCGACCUGAAUCAUUGACAUUAAGCAAUGAGCAUAUUGCUAAUUUAAUACACCGUUAUUUUAAUAAUAUCGAUAUAAAUCUAAACAAAUCAAUUUUUGUCAAUUUGAAAUCUUUAAUAUUAGUUGAUUGUUCAUCAAAUGAUCUUGAUAUAAUUGCUAAAUAUUGCUUUGAUAUAAUUCAAAUUGAAUAUCUUAAUAUAAUUGUUCGAAAGAAUGAUGAUCAUAUACAGUUCGGUAUGAGAGAAAGAUAUGAUACAGUAAUCCAUCAAUUCUUAUUCGGUAAACGAAUUUGUUCUUUACACAAAGUUAUUAUUGAUAUACCUGAUGGACUUGUAUUAUGUAAUCCAUUAGUAGCUAAUCAAUAUCUUCAAAAUAUUGAUUUAGCUUUAGAAACUAUCGAUGAUUUAUAUUUAUUACUUGGUGGACUUUUACCGAAUAUAGAAAAAAUGAUUAUUCAAUUACGUCGAUCACGAAUACUCUCUUGUCUUCGUCCUCACAAUAUGCCAUUGUGUCCUCGAUUAACUGAAUUUACAUUAUUAGAACCUGGAACUGGAUUAAUCAUUGAUGAUAUGAAAUCUAUUUUUGGUUAUAUGCCAAAUUUAAUCAAAUUAACAUUAAGUAUUCGUGAUACACUUGAUCCAACAUUUUGUCAUGGUCCUAAAUUUGAAUCAAUAUUAAUUGGAUAUCUUUCAGAUCUUCGUCGAUUUGAUUAUACAAUGACACAUAGAAUUGGUGAGAAAACUUUAAUUGAAGAUUUUAUAAUAUGGACAAUGAAUUCUGUUUCUUAUGAUGAUGAAAAUUCUCAAUGGAUACAUAUUUAUUCAUUUCCGUGGCCAUCAAGUAAAGAUGAUAAACGAGAAUUACCUUUCUCAAAAGAUGAAUAUAAUUCAUUAGUUACAUCACAAGUUGAACAAGAUCAAUAUAUGAAACAUAUUAUAAUUACAGAAGCUAAUCAAUUAGUUAAAUUGAAGAGACAUUUUCGUCGUGCUUAUCAAAUAACAACUUGUUUAUCAAUUGACAUUGAAUUACCAUUAAGAAUUUCUAAAGUCAUUCUUACAAAACAAAUUCCUAUUAGUUCAGUAUAUUCAAUCGUUCAAACUACUGUUCGUCAUCUAAUUGUUGAACGUCGUUUAAAUGAUGAAAGAGAAGUUUGUCUUCUUGCUCGUCAAUUUCCAAAUGUUGAAUAUUUAAAAUUAUUAUUUCCAUUAGAAAAAUCUGCAUGUAUUCGUUGUUUUCAAACAUUAUUUUCUAUUGAUGAAACUAUUUAUGCAAAUCGUCGUCUUUGGCAUAAAUUAAUUAAUUUUUCAACUGGAUUCUUUCACAAUGAAGAAAUAAACAAAAAUGUCACAGCAGAAAAAAACAUUUCACCAUUACCAUCAACUCCACCACCGCGACGCCAACUAUCAGUAGUUCCAUCACCGAAACCUCCAUCACGCGAUAUAUCACCGAAACCUCCAUCACGCGGUAUAUCACCGAAACCCCCAUCACGCGAUAUAUCACCGAAACCUCCAUCACGCGAUAUAUCCCCGAAACCAUCAGCCAGCGAUGCAUCAUCGGAACCAUCAAACACCAAUCAUUCUCUCCAAAUAGCAAAUAUGGUCAUCGAGCAAAACUCAGUAUUAAUCGAUAUGGUUCCAAGUUCAUUUAAUCCUCAUAAAGAGCUUGAUGAUGAUGGAGAUGAUAUUAUCUAUCCAGAAGGUGUUACUGAUUUUCAUCCAUAUCAAAUAGUGGCUCGUUAUCGAAAAGCCAUUGGUGAAUCGACUAAUUUUCGUCUGAAACCACUUCUUGUUGGUGAAGACUCGAUAGAAACACUUGUAUUAGGACUCGAAAGCUUUGCCCAUCAAAAGUACUGUACCUUAAUUUUUACAGGAGAAGAUCAAAAGUUCGAUAAUAGUAUUUAUCGAGCAUCGACUGGUGUCUUUGAUUUAGGCAGUAUUCAUCUUUUGGCGACUGAUUCUUUGCCUACGGCUAAUUUUCAAUUCGAAAUUGGUCAUAGUUAUGAUCCAGAGAUUUUUCAAUCAGAAGAUGGUAUAAAAAAAUUUGUACACGACUUUUGUGAAGCUAUCUCCAAGGUACUCUUCUGUGACAACAAUAGUAUUCGUGUAUUCUCUAUCAAUAAAUUAGUCGAUGAAGAAGGAAAAAGUCAAAUAAAAUUUGGUUUAACUACACCAGAAACCAAAAGAACUGAACAGUUGGCUCAUGAUUUGCAAAGUUAUGCUCGCUCUGGCUUUGAAUCUGACACUAUUCUUCAAUAUGUUAAACUAAAAGAAUAUGAAUGUUCAUGGAAGUCUGUGCUCAGCUAUUUACAAAUACGACCUAGUGAUUUAGAUCCUCGAUUCAACUUCGACUACAGAAAACCGGGCUUACCUAAAGAAGAGACACGUGGAUGUUAUCCAUAUCAUUUUCCACUUGGAUGGUAUCGACAUGCACUCAAAGUUCUCAAUAAGUAUGGUGAAGAUAAUACUUGGAUUGGCCGUGUAGACGCUGAAGGAGAAUGGCCUGUUGCUUUUCAUGGAACACGAUCGGGUGCAGUCAGCGGCAUUGUAGAAUAUGGCUUAUUGCCUAGUGUUAUCAAAACUGAUGCCAUGAAGGAGGAAGCAAUUGAAGCAAUCGGAGAAGAAGCAAAUCGUCCGGGAUUUUAUGUGGCAACGCAUUGUGAGGGUGGAUCAUCUCUGUAUACUGCACCGUUCACUGUGACAACAUUUCCCCAUAAGAGUGAAGAGUUUCGUAUUGUUUUUCAAUGUCGAGUACAACCUGGAAAGUUUACAACUCAUAAGAGCCCUGUUACUGUAGGUGAAGCAUGGCGUAUUGUUGAUCCUAGUGCAAUACGACCAUAUGGAAUUUUGCUUAAGAAAGAAGGUUCAACUAAAGGAAAAGUAGAAGACGCAACCGAAGAAGAAGAAGAAGAAGUACAAAGUUCAACCGACGAAAUAGAUGAUGCAACCAAACAAAAGGAAGAAGAUAGAGUUGCAAACGCGCACGAAACCUCAGAAUAA